UAUUCGAUACGAAUUUGAGUUCUAACGUCAAUUUGGCCCAAUCCAACCCUACUCAGAGACCUCUACUACCAUAAAUGCUACAAUAAAGCUGACGAGUUCCAACAGAGUUACUGAGUACAAUGUCAACCCAGACCAUCCAAUCCAGCUCCAUUUCUGAUCCAUUCAAACGCCUUCAAAUCACCCUUAACCCCGAUGGAACGCUAACUCGCCUUAACAAUUUUGGUAGAACUCCAGCUAAACCAGAAUCUUCCGAUGACUCCACAGCGGUUCUCUCUAGGGACAUCCCCAUCAACUACUCAAACAAGACUUGGGCUCGAAUUUUCCUACCCAAGCAAGCCCUUGAUCACAGUUCCCCAUCCGCUGAAAAGCUGCCGGUUUUGGUGCACUUCCAUGGUGGAGGGUUCAUUCUUUUCAGUCCAGAUGAAACCACGUCUCAUGAAUUUUGUUCCAAUAUGGCUAGUGAACUCUCUGUUAUCGUCGUAUCAGCUAGCUACCGCCUGGCUCCAGAGCAUCGGUUGCCAGCGGCAUACGAUGAUGCCAUGGAAGCAUUGUCCUGGAUCAAAACCAGCCAUGACAAUUGGUUGGAAAAUUAUGCUGAUUUCUCCCAGAUUUUCUUGAUGGGUGGUAGUGCAGGUGGGAACAUUGCGUAUCAUUUAGGACUACGUGCAGCUGAACAAGCUGACAGUCUUUCGCCAUUGAAGAUCAAAGGGCUAAUCUUGCACCAAUCUUUCUUUGGUGGGGUCGAAAGGACUGAAUCAGAGUUCAGGUCAAUUAAUGAUCCCAUGUUUUCUCCAUGCGAUAGCGACUUGAUGUGGGAGUUAUCCUUGCCUAUUGGCGUUAACCGUGACCAUGAGUACUGCAAUCCAACAGUAGCCCAUGGAUCUACAGCUUUGGAGAAGAUCAAGAGGCUAGGAUGGAGGGUAUUUGUCACCGGGUGCGAUGGGGAUCAUUUGAUAGACCGUCAAAUUGAGUUGGUGAAGAUGAUGAAGAAGAAGGAAAUUCGAGUGGUAAGUCGUUUUGUUGAAGGGGGUUUCCAUGGGUUUGAACUUGCUGAUCCCUCCAAAGCUAAGGCCCUGUAUGUUGUCUUAAAAAAUUUCAUAUUCUCUUCAACAUAAGUUCUGAUAAUUAGGCAAAGGAUAGGGGGAGCUGUUUGAGUGUGAUGCCAGCCAAAUGGAAAAAAUAAGAAAGAAUAAAGAUAAUAAUAAAAGAGAGAGGGGAUCUUGGCACUUGUUGACGGCCAAACAAGAUUUUCAUUUUAUUUCUUAAUAUAACUAUUAUAUAUGUUAUAACUCUCUUAUGUUUUUUUAAGUAAA